GAAAGGAAGAAAAGGAAAAGGGUUGUGUGCGUGCGUGUGUAUGGCGGCCUCCGUUUAUUAUGGCUGCCCGCAAAAGAGAAGAGUCAAAGCAGUUACGCUGGGAAUAAGAUUCGUCGUGCACAGGAUAUGUCCCAGUCCAGGCCUUCUAGCUGGCCUUGAGUUUUAAGUUAUGUACGUAGUUGAAAGCGAAGAGCGUAAGAUCUAGCUGAUAAGCCAGCUGUCAUUGCUGCUAUCACCAUUGAGAAAAACCCAAGAUGAAAACAGGAAAGGAGGGCUGGUUUUCGCUUCAAGCAAAUUGGUGAGGAAGAAGAGGAUGGUGAGCAGUGAGGCGAAGUAUGAGCUGAUCCAGGAGGUGGGCCGGGGCAGUUACGGUGUGGUAUACGAGGCAGCAAUACGGCAGACGGGCGCUCGCGUGGCUGUGAAGAAGAUCCGCUGUCACUCCCCGGAGAAUGUGGAGCUGGCCUUGAGGGAAUUCUGGGCCCUCAGCAGCAUCCAGAGCCAGCACCCGAACGUCAUCCACCUUGAAGAAUGUGUCCUGCAGAGAGAUGGUCUCGCUCAGAGGAUGAGCCAUGGCUCCAGCUCCUCACUAUAUCUGGAGUUGGUGGAGACCUCCCUGAAAGGCGAGAUCACAUUUGACCCGCGCUGUGCCUACUACCUGUGGUUCGUCAUGGAUUUCUGCGAUGGUGGAGACAUGAACGCAUAUCUGCUGUCCCGCAAACCCAGCCGCAAAACCAACACCAGUUUCAUGCUUCAGCUAGGCAGUGCGCUCGCCUUCUUGCAUCGCAACCAGAUCAUCCACAGAGACCUCAAACCCGACAACAUUCUCAUCUCGCAGAGCCGUAGCCCGGCCGGUUCGCCUGAGCCCACCCUGAAGGUGGUCGACUUUGGCCUCAGCAAGGUCUGCUCGUGUUCGGGUCUGAACCCUGAAGAACCGGCCAGCGUCAACAAGUGUUUCUUGUCCACGGCUUGUGGGACAGACUUCUACAUGGCCCCAGAAGUCUGGGAGGGCCACUAUACUGCUAAGGCAGACAUUUUUGCACUGGGAGUGAUCAUAUGGGCCAUGGUGGAGCGGAUCACAUUUGUGGACGUGGAGACACAGAAGGAGCUGUUGGGGAGCUAUGUACAGCAGGGGGAAGAUAUUGUCCCAUUGGGGGAAGCUCUGUUGGAAAACCCCAAGAUGGAGCUCCACAUCCCAGCCCGAAAGAAGAGCAUGAACGCUGGCAUGAAGCAACUAAUUCGAGAGAUGCUGUCUGCCAAUCCACAAGAGCGACCCGAUGCCGUUGAGCUGGAGCUCAGGCUAGUUCGGAUCGCGUGCAGGGAACUCGACUGGGACACGUGAGAGGACGGCAUCUCAGACAGGGGACUAGGAAGACUCUUUCUUUUGAGCAUCAGAACACAUUGUUUGGGGGCGGGAAUGGGUUUUUAGGGGGGUGAUUGCACAGGUCCUUGGUCUUUUCUUUAAACUAUGUUGAAGAAGGUGUAGUACGACUCAUCCACUGAUGUUAAAUGCUCUCCAAUGUCUCAACUGUCCAUAAGCACACAGGAACUUUGGUUUCAUUGAGGAAAAACAUCAGAUUUCCACUCAUUGACGCCUUCCUAUUGAAAGAAUAUUCCGGGUUCAAUACAAGUUCAGCACAAUCGACAGCAUUUAUGACAAUGUUGAUUACCACAAAAAAAAUCUUAUUUUGACUCGUUCCUCCUUUUCUUUAAAAAAAAAACACAAAUCUGAUUUACAGUGAGGCACUUACAAUGGUAGUGAAUUGGGCCAAUUUUUGUAUGUAAAGCUAAGAAUUUUAUAAAGCACUAACAUUAAAUCUUCAGUUAAAACGUGUGUAAUAUUUGAGCUGUAAAGUUAUUUAAAUGGUCAUUUUAGUGUUUAUGGUCUGUUGACAUUACAUCGUCAUGGCAAUGAAGUUGUAAAAUUGGCUAUAACUUUACACACAAAAAGUUAGUAUCUGUUUACACACAUAUCCUUUAUGUCUUGUGUCUAUAUUUUCAGUGUCCAAAAAUUGGCCCCCAUUCACUUCCAUUGUAAGUGAGAAAAUGAGGGACGAGUCAGUUCAUUUUUGUGGUAAUUAACAUUAUGCCACAAAUGCUGUCCAUUUGAGCUCAACUUGAAUUGAACUUGCAAUAUUACUUCAAGAGGUUCCAGAACAUUCCCGUACUCAUGUAGAGUAGGGCUGGGCAGUAUAGCUAUAAAAAAGUCUAGUUUGGUAUUUUGACUAAUUUAAAUAUUUAAUAGUUAUGAGCAAAACUACAAGUAAAAAACAAUAAUAAAAAAACCUUAGGUGUCAGCAUCAUUAUUUUUUUUGUAUUCAGAGAUAUUUAGGUGUAUUAUUACAAUCAGUUGACUUUUACUGAAGCAGACAGUUUAAACGAACCAGUUUGCUGCAAUGAAUCGAACAUCUAAACUCUGUGUUCUUUGCUACUGAGAUUUAUAUCAGACUGCGAAAAUAUCCCAGUCUUAGCGUGCUUAUUCACAAUAUUCACAAUUUUGGUUAUGUUUUCAUCAACAACAAUGUAAUCUUGAAUAUGUCUUAAAUUUUUUCGAUAUAUCACCCAGCCCAAAUGAAGAUUUAAUAGAGAGCAGCAAACUCAUGGCUUCCAUCUCUCUUGGUAACUUGUCUUUCAUUACCUUCUCUUUGAGAGCUCGUCCUACAUCACUCCCAGUGCUAAAUCAACUUCUGACGCAGGAAAUAACAGCCUCUUAUACAGCCACCUUGAUAUUUUCAUGGUCAAAUUUAACAGCUUUUGUACAACGGGAUCAAUAACUGUUUUUCAGCACUUCGCUCACAUAAGGGCUUCAGGGAUUUGAAUUUGUAUUGCUCAAUUUGAAAAGUGUUUUUUCACCUUUUCUACAAAAUAUUUCAAGGCAAUAGUUUGUAGUUGAUAUUUCAAAAGAGAUGCAGUAAAUUAUUCUAUAAUCAAUGAUUGCCCUCAAUAAAAUAAAACAAGUAAUUCAUUGACAAAAAAAGACGUUUUAAGGCAAUUCUGUGUAAAUACUCCUCUUAGCAUUUGCUUCAUGCUAGAAAGGUGCACAUUCCUGCAUCACUCUGUGGUUUGUCCAGCUCAGCCUGACUGAAAUGACCAAAACCUAGUCAGCCUGAUCUCAUGAAAAUUACAAUUGAUGUUGCGACAUGUUUGCAAAAUGAAAUCACAAGGUUUAUUACAUGCAUUGUGUUAGUUCUGAGAUUAAAUGUCCACUGUGUGGCGCUAAAAGCGAGUUUAUUGUAGGUUUUUAAGGUUAAUGCUGUAUCGAGUUUUAAAUCAACAAAACAGACCUCACUAACCAUUAAUCCUAAACCCAGCCUACAGUAUAUAUUCAUAAAGAGCUAUUGUGAGAUAAAAACACAUUUGCUGAAGCAACCACGUCAUUUUGUGGUGCUUUUAUGACACUUUCGACUCACGUGUUGUACCCAGGUCAUUUGCAAUGCAAGUGCAACGCUCUCUCAGUUGAGCUACUGUGCAAUUUGUUUGCACUUGAAUAAGCUCGUAAAUGUAGUUGUGAUGUAAUACAAACAAUAAACAUUUUAAUUGUGAUUUGUGUGAAAGCGAAUAAAAGUCAUUGUUGUUGUA